AUGGACAACGAACAUCGAAGGGAAAAGCGACGGCGUAGGAUUGGAAAUCUACAACACAUCGAAGAUCUCACCCCCAGGAAAAUAAAGAAAAAAAUGGUCAAGUUCCGAUGGGCACUGGCAUCAUUCUCCAAUCAGGAGAAAUCCCAGAGCGACAACCAAUCCGCUACGGGAAGUUCAACUUCCAUCGCCCAGUCACUAAUAGCCCGGUAUAACAAGGCCCGCGACAAGCUGUGGAAGCAAGAGCUCGAACUAGCCUUCGAUGCCGACGCAGUUGACAAAGCACCGAAGAUCGAAAAUGAUGCAGCCUCAGUUGUGCAGGCUAUCCGCGACGAGGAACGGAGUAGAUACCUCAAAGCCGGCGCCUCAGACCAUUUCCUCGCAAAUGUUGACCUGAUCAACCGCGGUAGUGACUUGAUGCGAGUAGCCAGAAAGUUGCCAAAGGGAGCGCAUCUGCACUGCCAUUUCAACACCGUUCUCCACCCUUCGUUCCUUGUCGCUCAGGCGCGCAAUGUCAAAUGCAUGUUCAUUCGGAGCACUCGGUCUCUGAAUGUGCAUGACAAUUUAAAUGAUGCUGCAAUAACAUUUUCUGUGCUGCAAGAUUCGACCGAGGGAGCAGACAUUUUCGACCCAAAUUACGAACCUCUAGCUUGGAUGAGAUAUUCCAAAUUUCUCGAGGAUUUUCCUGGCGGCAGGGAACAGGCGGAGGAAUGGUUGGUGAAGAAACUGCUUAUUUCGCUGGAGGAUGCGCACGCGAUUGACCAAAACUUAGAGGAGGUUUGGGAUCUAUUUAACCGCCGCACACAGAUGAUGAAGGGGCUGUUUAAUUAUGAAUCCGCUUUCCGAAACUACAUCGGCAAAGCUAUUCACAGCUUCGUCGAAGACAACAUUAUGUACGCCGAAGUCCGACCAAACUUCUUCGACAAAUAUAUCGUCAGCGAUGACGGUGAGAGACAAUUAGAUCACCGAUUCGAUAUGGUCGGCUGCGAAGGCCGCGGCAACCAAAUCCGCGACUAUCUCCCCUUACUCCUGCAAUUUAGAGCCACCUGCACCAACCUCGGUUUGGAUAUCCCGUUUAUCUUCCACGCAGGAGAAACCCUAGAGAGUCAGGGUCCAACAGACAACAACCUUUACGAUGCCAUUCUUCUUGACUCCAAGCGCAUCGGCCACGGUUUCGCGAUCCCCCAGCACCCACUACUCAUGCAAAUGUGCCGAGAGCGCGGAAUUGCGCUGGAGAUCUGCCCUAUCUCCAAUGAGAUCCUGCAUCUGUGCCCAUCCAUGAAGAAUCAUGUGUUACCAAUCCUUCUAGCAAAUGCGGUACCCUGCACGAUUAAUAGUGAUAAUCCAGCGUAUUUCAGCUCUUCACUUUCUCACGAUUUUUAUCAAACCAUCCUACACAUCGACUCCAUCACGCUCCAUGGUUGUCGCAUUCUGGCCGAAUGGAGCAUUGAACAUUCGUGCAUGGAUCCGAAGCAGCAGGCUGAUGCGUUUAAUACUUGGGAAGCCGAUUGGACGGCGUUCUGCCAGUGGAUUGUCCUGGAAUUUGGGCCCAAGUAUUUGAAGUCUCCGAUUGCGGAGAAAGCAAAUAACCGAAAUUAA